CCCAGAAAAAUCUCUUCCCACCAACUCCAGCGCUGAACUGAAUCACCGCAGAGAACACCAGCUAUGGCGUCGCGCAAGGAGGACAAGAAGGAGCGCAAGCAGAAGAAGGAGAAGAAGCCGGCCGCAGAGGGCGACGGCACGACCACGCUCGUCGUCAGCAUCGACGACUUCACGCGCACCCGAGACAGCGUCAUCGUCGGUCUCGCCGCGCUCCAGUCGGCCGUCUCGGACCUGUCGCGCGCCUACAUCAACCACGCCAACACAGUGCUCAACCGCGGCCCGUCCUCCAUCGACAUCGGCGGCCUCAACUCGCUGCUCGAGAACGGCAUCUUCCCGUCCAGCGUCACGGGCGGCGGCGGCGGCGGCGGUGGUGCAGAUGCCGACGGCGGUGUUUCUGCUGCCGAGGGGGCUGGCCGAGCAGCGAGCCCGGGAGCGCGGUCGGUAGCUGGCACCAAGCGCAAGCGAGUGCAUGACCCCAAUGCGCCGAAGAGGGCGCUGACCGCGUACUUCCUGUACAUGAAGCAUGAGCGAGCCAACAUUGCGGCCGAGCUGGGUGCGAAUGCCCGGCCAAAGGAGGUGGCCGACGAAGGGACCCGUCGCUGGGGGAAGAUGCCUCCCCAGGAGAAGCAGAAAUGGAAAGAUCUGUAUGCUCAGAAUCUGGCCGUCUACAACGAGGAGAUGAGCGCGUACAAGGCCAGCCUGCCGCCGGGACACAAGGUCGACAGCACGGUGCCAGCCACCCCCAAGCCAGCCAAGGCAGCAAAGACGUCAAAGUCCAGCAAGCCAUCGACCAAGGAGGCCGCUCGGCACGAGGACGACGAUCACGACGCGGCCGCUGAGCAGCAGCUCCAACAGGCGGUCCGCGAAGCCACCACCGAAGACACCUCCUCCGAGUCCGCAGGCUCGUCAGAAAGCGAGGCAGAGGCGACUCCCACCCCGUCUCCGCCCAAGCCAACGCCCAAGUCGCAGAAACGUCGCCAGUCCAAGGCCGCUGCUCCAGCUCCAGCUCCAGCUCCAGCUCCAGCACCGGCGCCUGUCAUCGAGACGCCCACGCCAGCCACCAAGAAGUCGUCGCCCGAGAAGAAGGAGAAGGAGAAGAAGAGCAAGAGCAAGGACAAGGACAGACGGGCCUCUGCUGCGAACGUUGCUGUCGAAGUGGCCUCGCCCGCCCCGGAGCCCCCCAGGUCCGAGAAGAAGGCUCGCAAGAAGCGCAAGAGCGCCGUUGACGAGUGAGCAAACCUGUUUUUUUCUCCUCCUUACUGUGUUCCCUGUCUGUAUCUUUUGCCUUUCCCCCCCAUCUGGCUUGUCUGUGUUUAUAUUCUAGCUGUUGGCCGUUGGUUCUGCGUCUGUCAUCUCAUGUCCAGUCCGUUAGUUAUCUGUACUCCCAAUAAAAGUCUUCUCUUGUCUCGACCUCCUACAAGCCCCAUCUCGGCCUCUCCCUUACAAAAG